CAGUUUACAUAUAUCGCUCGCCGGGGAAAACAAAAAAAACACACAAAUCCCUAAAUUUUGCUGAAAGAACAAAUUCAAAGUCAUGUCUCAUCGGUUUCGCGGCGGAGAUAACUCAGAAGACGCCGAUGUAGAUAACAUCGAUUUCAUCGAGAACGAGGAGGACGAAGACGACGUCCAGAACGGCGCCUCUGCGGCAACUAACGGUGGUGACGAUGACGACGAGAUCGAUCCGCUAGACGCAUUCAUGGAAGGAAUCCACGAGGAGAUGAAGUCUGCUCCGCCUCCCAAACCAAAGGCGAAAGCCGAGAGGUACAAGGACGACGACGAAGACGACGACCAUGUCGUGAGUUUCCUCAAGGCCAAGAAGGAUCUGGGACUCACGCUAGCCGCCGACGCGCUUAACGCGGGCUACAACUCCGACGAGGAGGUGUACGCUGCGGCCAAGGCUGUAGAUGCGGGGAUGCUUGAGUACGACUCCGAUGAUAAUCCGAUUGUUGUCGAUAAAAGGAAGAUCGAGCCUAUUCAAGCUCUUGAUCAUAGCUCAAUCGACUACGAACCGAUUAACAAGGACUUCUACGAGGAGGUUGAAGCAAUAUCAAGAAUGAGUGAGCAAGAAGCUUUGGAUUAUCGUCAUAGUUUGGGGAUUCGUGUUUCGGGUUUCGAUGUUCCUAGGGCAGUAAAGACCUUUGAGGAUUGUGGCUUUUCUUCACAGAUCAUGAGUGCUAUCAAGAAACAAGCUUAUGAGAAACCAACAACCAUCCAGUGUCAGGCUUUACCAGUUGUGUUAUCUGGUAGAGAUGUUAUUGGUAUAGCCAAGACUGGUUCAGGGAAGACUGCAGCUUUUGUUCUUCCAAUGAUUGUUCAUAUUAUGGAUCAGCCUGAGCUUCGGAGAGAAGAAGGUCCUAUCGGUGUCAUAUGCGCUCCAACCAGAGAGCUGGCUCAUCAGAUUUACUUGGAAGCUAAGAAGUUUUCGAAAGCAUAUGGCUUGCGAGUCUCUGCUGUGUACGGUGGAAUGGGGAAACAUGAGCAGUUUAGAGAACUCAAGGCGGGAUGCGAGAUUGUUGUUGCUACUCCUGGAAGGUUGAUAGACAUGCUGAAGAUGAAGGCUUUGACGAUGAUGAGAGCAUCUUAUUUGGUUCUUGACGAGGCUGAUCGGAUGUUUGACCUCGGUUUUGAGCCGCAAGUGAGGUCUAUCGUUGGUCAGAUUCGUCCGGAUCGUCAGACGUUGCUCUUCUCAGCCACUAUGCCUUGGAAAGUUGAGAAGUUAGCUAGGGAGAUCCUUUCAGAUCCUAUUAGAGUCACAGUUGGUGAAGCUGGGAUGGCUAAUGAGGAUAUCACACAGGUUGUCAAUGUAAUACCAUCAGAUGCUGAUAAACUUCCUUGGCUACUUGAGAAGCUACCUGGAAUGAUUGAUGAGGGUGACGUGUUAGUGUUCGCUUCUAAAAAAGCCACUGUGGAUGAGAUAGAAGCUCAGCUUACUCUGAAUGCUUUUAAAGUUGCUGCCCUUCACGGUGAUAAAGACCAGGCAUCACGAAUGGAAACUCUGCAGAAGUUCAAAUCUGGAAUCUACCAUGUGCUAGUUGCGACCGAUGUUGCUGCCCGAGGUCUUGACAUCAAGUCGCUGAAGACAGUGGUUAACUACGACACUGCAAAAGACAUGGACAUGCAUGUGCAUCGUAUUGGUAGAACAGGUCGUGCUGGUGACAAAGACGGGGUUGCCUACACACUUGUUACGCAGAGAGAGGCUAGAUUUGCUGGUGAGUUGAUAAACAGUCUGGUUGCUGCUGGUCAGAAUGUGCCUCCAGAACUCAUGGAUCUCGCCAUGAAGGAUGGACGAUUCAAGUCCAAGCGUGACGGAAGAAAAGGAGGUGGGAAGAAAGGUCGAGGACGAGGUGGUGGUGGUGGAAAUAGAGGAGUACGAGGAGUUGAUUUUGGUCUCGGUAUUGGAUUCAACUCGGAAUCAUGUGGGACACCGUCUCAAGCUGCACCAAGUAGAAAGGGGGUAAUCAAUUCUGUGAGAACGGGAGUAAUGGCCCAAUUCAAGAAUAGUUUUGUGGCUGCUACACCAUCAAACCCAGGAAGCCAAGGCUAUCCGAACAAGAGACCAUCCCUAAUGGGAUUUGUCUCAGGUGGAACCAUUGGUGGGGACAUGGGUAGAACUCAGACUCAAGCUCCACCAGUAGCAGCUAGUCAUAAUGCUUCAUUACAUAACGCCAGUCAAAAGAAUCCACAGAGUUCUGAAGAGCGACCAAGAGAGAGGAAAAGGAGGUCUGGUUGGGAUAAUUGAUUGCGUUUAGUAAUGGUUGCAAGUGUUUUUACAGAGUCUUGUUGUAUCAUUUGUCUUGAAAAACAUUUAUUUACGCUCUCGAAUAUCUUCUUAAUGUCACAUGUGUUUGUUUACUAGGAAAACGAUGCAAAAGAUAGAAAUAAACGUUCUGUGUGA